UCUCCUCCAUGAUCUCAUAUUUAGUAAGAAAGGCUUUGUACAUUCCAUUUUCCAUUUUCAAUAAUCUUCAUCUCUCUCUCUCUCUUCUCUCUCUUCUUUCCUUUCUCUCUCUCUCAUUCUCAUUCUCUCUCAUCUGUCUCUGAAAGGUCUCUGUUCUUAAAUUGUUUUCUGCUUUAUCAAAGUGUUUCCAGGUAAUUCCGUGUCUUCUCUCUUCAUCUAGAGAGAGAGACAAUCAAACCAGAGAACCCAGCACGACAGAACAGAACAAACACAGAGAGGUUUGAAAAUUAGAGAGAGAAACCAAAAUUAGGAUAGGAAAAUCCAUCAGAAACCAUCAACAAAAUGUUGCAGAGAGCUGCAAGCAAUGCUUAUUCAUGGUGGUGGGCAAGCCACAUCAGAACCAAACAAUCCAAAUGGAUGGAGCAAAAUCUUCUAGAUAUGGAGGAAAAGGUCCAAAAUGUGUUGAAGCUGAUAGAAGAAGAUGGAGAUUCAUUUGCAAGGAGGGCUGAAAUGUAUUAUAAAAAGAGACCAGAGCUGAUAAACUUUGUGGAGGAAACUUACAGAGCUUAUAGAGCAUUGGCUGACCGCUACGAUCACAUUUCAACUGAGCUACAGAAUGCAAACAACACAAUUGCUUCGGUUUUUCCGGAGCAAGUUCAGUUUUCGAUGGACGAGGAAGACGAAGAAGCCAUGCCUAAAUUCACUAAGAAGCCACCUGAGAUCUCCAAAGCAAACAUCCCAAAAGUUCCCAAGGCCCCCAUUGAUUUGAAGACUGUCAUAACAACGGCAACAAAGAAGCUGAAGUCCAAAAAGAACGCGAAACUGUCAGCCACGGCUCCAUCUGUUGCCAAAUCUGGUUUGAACAAACAAGAGGCACUCAAUGAGAUCGACAAGUUACAGAAACAGAUUUUGACAAUGCAAACUGAAAAGGAGUUCAUGAAGAGUUCUUAUGAAGGCACUCUUGCAAGGUAUUGGGAGAUUGAGAAUCAGAUCAAGGAGAUGCAAAACAGAGUUUUCAACUUGCAAGAUGAAUUUGGUGAGGGAAUGGUUAUUGAAGAUGAUGAAGCUCGUAAUUUGAUGGCCAAAGCAGCUUUAAAAUCCUGCCAAGAAUCGUUGGCUCAGUUGCAGGAGAAACAGGAGAGGUCGGUUGAGGAAGCAAGAAUAGAGUCUACAAGGAUUAGAGAAGUAAGAGAGAGAUUAGAUUCUCUCAAAGGUAAGCUUCAAGGCGAAGAAUUGAGCCAGGAUAAGUUGCCUGCAGAGAACGAACCUGUGAAGGAAAAACAGGUACCUAACCAAUUGAAUAAAGAAGUUGACAUUAUAGCAGACGAGAAACAAAGAGAAGAGGAAUUACGGCAACAGAUCAAGGAGCAGUUAGAGGCCAAUACAUGUUUUACCAUGACAGAAAUGGCUGACAAGAUUGAUGAGCUCGUGAACAAGGUGAUCAGCUUAGAAACUGCACUGUCUUCACAGACUGCUCUUGUCAAGCAGCUAAGAUCAGAAACUGAUGAACUCCAAACACAAAUAAGAACCUUGGAGGAUGAUAAGGCAUCAAUAACUGAUGGAAAGAACAAUCUACAACAAAAGCUUAAAGAAAUGGAGAAAAAACUGGGCGGGAUUCAGAAUCUGAACCAGAAGGUUGAGAAUGAGAAGAGCAAUUUCCAAUCCCAAAUUAUCGAGGUACAUUGUAAUCUAGAUCAUCUUUCUGGUACAUUGCCUAGCAUUCAACAGGGUGAGGAGCCUGAGCUAAAUUCUUCAAUAAGCGCGGUCCAGCUCAAACAGCCAGAGGGACUUGCUGGUGUAAACCAGGGUGCAAGUGGAGCACAUACAAAGCUCAAACAACCAGAGGAAGUUCCUGAUCUAAAGCAAGGUGCAAGUGAAACACAUACCAACCAAAAAAAACCAGACGAAAAGUUGAAAGCUCAUGGUUCUGAUGAUCUAAAGCAAAUGGGAUCAAAUGAAGCAUGGCAGACAACAGAUUCGAGACAAAAUGAAGAACCAGUCACUGAAAUGAAAUCAUCAAAGCUGCAAUCCCCCAAGGAAAAAGAAUCACCGAGUUUCAUAGGUCAAUCUGAGAAAACCGAUGCAAGUGGUAAGAACAGAAAUCAAGAGAACAUUAGUCCAACCAAGAUGGAUCCUCUAAGUUUAGGAAGCAGUUCUAAGAAACUUGAUGUUAAUGCCACUUCUAGAAGGCUAGUAGUUGCCGAUACUCAGGAUAAAUCAGAGAGUUCAAAAGGUAGUUUCAAGAAAUUCGAUGUAGAUACUGCUGCCAAAAGUGGGGAAGAAAUUGCCCAAACUUUGUCAAAAAAUACUGGAGAUGAUCCCAGGAAAGAUGAUGCUUAUGGUUCUGCUAGAAAUCCUGUAGAGAUUGUUCAAAGUUCACAGUACUCAGAGCAUGGUUGUGAGGGAGCUGAUGUGAAUGUCACUACUAGAAGUCGAGUAGAAUUUGUUCAAAUCCAGGAUACAUCAUCACAGAGUUCAAAAGGUGAGAACUCUGAUACAGACAACACUAUCAAAAGGCAGGAUGCGAUCCUUCUAGGGUCGUUAUUGAACAAUGAAGGCAAUCCUGAAAAUAAUAGCAGUAACAGUUCAGAUAGAAAUCCAGUAGAUGUUGUUCAAACCAAGGCUAAUUCUCCGUAUUCAGAAGCUAAUGUUAAUGGUACUCUGACGAGUCAAGUUGAUGAAAUUCAAAAACAGAAUAAAAAUCCAGAACGUCCUUUAGAGAAAACAGAGGAUGUGAUGAAAGAACAAAACAAAGAAGAGAAGACUUGCGUAGAGGCAAUUGGCGCAGAACAAGAACAGAAAGCAGUGGAUAAAGUAGAUGAGCCAAAUUGGCAGCAGUUGUUCUUGAGUGGAAUAGAAGACAGGGAAAAAGUCCUCUUGACUGAGUACACUACAACCCUUCGAAAUUUCAAGGAUGCUAAGAAGAAGCUCAAUGAAAUGGAUGAAAAAAAUCGGGAUCACCACCAUCAAACAUCAAAGCAGCUAAAUGAAUUAAAAACUUCAAAUGCCCUGAAGGAUCAAGAAAUCAGAUCCUUGCGCCAUAAAUUGAAUCUUAUGCAGAAAUGUUUCUAUGAAGGCAAGGAAUCAAUGGAUCAAACCGCCCAAUCGUUAGAUUUUAGUGCUUCAGACGACCAGAAAACCUCAAGCACAUCGGAGGAUCCAAAUUUUGAACCCCAGAUAACAACAGGCCAUCCAGCUCGGUCUGAAACACUGUCUCGUCAAAUCUCCUAUGAUUCAGGAUUUGACAUCAGUAAGCUUCUAGUUCAACAACCUACAACUACAUCAGAGAUCGAAGAAAGACUCCGAAUGAAAAUUGACGAACUUUUGGAGGAGAACUUAGACUUCUGGUUGAAAUUUAGCACUUCUUUUCAUCAAAUACAGAAAUUUGAAACUGGGAUACAGGAUCUAAAAUCAGAAGUAACAAAACUUCAAGAAAAAGGAAAGAAGCUGGAUGAGAGUGGCAGUGGAAAGUACUCCUUGAAAUCAGAAGCACGACCAUUGUACAAACACCUGAGGGAGAUACAAACUGAACUUACCGUCUGGUCCGAUAAAAGUGCAGCACUGAAAGAGGAGCUACAGACCAGAUUUUCAUCACUGUGCAACAUCCAAGAAGAAAUAACAGCAGGAUUGAAGGCGAGUGCCGAGGAUGAUGAUUUCUCAUUCACAAGCUAUCAAGCUGCAAAGUUUCAAGGAGAGGUUUUGAACAUGAAACAAGAGAAUAACAAAGUUGCUGAUGAAUUACAAGCAGCUUUAGAUCACACAGCAUCUCUUCAACUUGAGGUAGAAACCUUCCUGUCAAAGUUGAAUGACGAGUUCAGACUUUCUGGGUCAAAGAAACAGGAAACACCACAGCUGAGACACUCAGAGAGCCGAAACAGAGUUCCUCUAAGGUCAUUCAUAUUCGGCGUCAAACCAAAGAAGCAAAAGCAAUCGAUCUUCUCUGGGAUGGCACCUGUAAUGCAAAAGAAGUAUUAUGCUUUGAGAACCGGAACUCCUAUGUAAAUUAUGUAUGAACCUUAAUUUUCUUUGUUUUGCAUCUUGGAACGCUUUUUAGUCCCACUUUUCAGAUUUUUUUGGCCUGCAAUAUACGGCAGAAGUGAGAUUUUCCUAGACAUUUGUAAGCUUGUUUUUAAGUUCUUUUGGGAAAUACACAUACCUCAAAUUCUUUGUUUCAUCA